AUGUCAUAUCACAUUAUUGAGCCUGACCCAAUUCACAUGGCGCCCCCGAAGACAACGUAUGUGCCCCUACCCACAGAGGCGGAGUAUCUACCUAAACCUCAGACUAGCUUCCCCGCAGUCCGUGCCUGCAUUUUCGACAUGGAUGGGCUUCUCAUCAACUCGGAAGACAUAAUUGCACAAACUACGAACGAACUUCUUGAAAAGUAUGGACGACCUGUCUUGACUAGAUCCAUUCGAGCCCAGCUUAUGGGGGUGCCGGGCUCGACGAACAGCGACUUUUUUCACAGCUGGGCUAAAUUACCCAUCUCCCGUGAGCAAUUCGCUCGUGAAUCUGGUGAGCUGAUGCGACGGCAUUUCCCAGACUGCGAACCGCUGCCCGGCGCUGAGACGAUUUUGUCGAAUCUCAGCCAUGCGUGCAGUGUUUCUUCCGGGGACAGAAUCGAGCUACAACUAGCAUCCGGCAGUAAAAGCCAGUCUUUUGCAUUGAAGACCUCGAGGCCGAUAACGAAACGGCUGUUGGACUUUUUCCAGCCCAAUAGGCGGGUAUUGGGCGACGACCCACGACUAGGGCAGGACCGGGUCAAGCCAGCGCCGGAUAUCUAUACAAUCGCGUUGCAGUCGUUGAACUCGGCUGCAGGGCUUGGCGAACGGGCCAUCUUGCCCGGUGAAUGUUUAGUUAUCGAAGAUAGCAUAGCUGGGGUGGAGGCUGCAAGGCGGGCUGGGAUGAGGGUCGUUUGGGUACCGCAUCCCGAUGUGGCGCUUGAGCACCAAGAGAGACAGAAGGUUGUGCUGGCUGGAAGGACAAGCAUGUUCAAGGUCGGAGACGACUGGCAGCUAGGAGAGAUUGAUGAUGGUUGGGCUGAGAGUAUCGCGAGUUUGGAACACUUUAACUACGAUAAAUACGGCUUUCUUGUAAUAUCCUAG